AUGUACGCCUCGAAGGACGACAGGAGGCUAAGUGGGCGUGCCGAUGAGCCUCGCGUGGGCACUGUGACAAAGUUGUAUCCCACGUUUGGAUAUAUAAACGAUGAAAUAUUCUUCCAGCGCCGGUAGGUCGCAGAGUUCAUUAACAUAUUUGUAGCUGCGUUAUCGGUCCUAUGGUCAAUGUCGGUGAUACUGUGGCCGCAAACGCCACUUUCCACCCGGACCUUCCCAUAAAGUGGAAUGCCGAGCAGGUUUGGCGCAUUGAACCUGACCACACAGACGACCGUCGCAAUGUUCGACUCGAGCCGCAGUUCUCCCGUCCUCUAGAUCACAGAUCUUCUCGGAAAGACAGACCAUCGGACCACCGCCACGAAGCUGAACGAAGGUAAAAUGGGUUCACUUUACACACUUUUAGACACUCACGCCCGCCUUCGCGAAGCCGAAGUCCUGCAUAUCAGAGAAGCAGGAGAGCGUCCGAACCGCGGGAACUGCGUUUGGCCACACCUGCUCUACAGUCUCUUCUGCAGCCGAACGCGGUAUCCACCCGGCUUUCCGUAGUGCGGGAUCUGAAACCACCAGAACUCUUCUCCCUUUACAGAUUGAUUGCCCCUCCUGUCUAUCUGUACAAAGUCAAGUGUGCGUGGCAAGAUUCCUUUCCAAUGACUCAACCUUUCCAGUCUUCAAAAGAAGUCCGCUUCCACGUGAGUAAAUUAUUUUUGGUUCUUAUGACACGGCCUUGAACUUUGUUGUCCUGAGCACUCAUUUGGGAGCUUUAUAGUGCAAUUCUCCUCGAACUCGAGUGUCGCACCCAUCUGUUACAUGGGCGCAUUUUUGAACAGUGAUUGGGCGGUGAAUUCUCCGGCCAUUUAAUGACAAAAAUCAAAAGGCGUUAUAUCCAUUGUGGUCCGGCAAGUCCGAUAUGUCAUGCAGCAGAAACUGUCACCAUGUCUAUGUAAAUGGCAGUGACUGGGACAGUUUCAUUCUCCUGACAGCUGGUUUUUUCUAUUCAUAUCUCCGUCUUCUGCCAGCUAACGUAUGGCCAGUAGUUUUUCUUUCUCAAACAGCCACAAUGGGCGGGAGGCCAAACAAGUCGAUAUGCCGCAUUCGUCAUUAUAUCAGACAUAACGUGCAGUCGCCUCAACUCAGAUUCUCCAAUGGUACACGACGAAAAAGGAGGGUGGCACGACCGUCCCCGCGUCCUUGCCUCGUUACAGUAGUUUCCGCCUGCUUUAGAACUAUCACAGUAUGUUAAUAGUUUUUACCCGGAAAUCUCAGCCCGGUUGCUAUGCUCCCUAAUGUGUCCUUGCGGCAACGCUCCCCGGAAUGGGAUUUGAGUUAGGUUCUGUUUAUGUGAAGUGAGCGACCGGUCGUGUGCGGGAGCUUCGCCACAGGCUCGCCACUGCAUACUCCAGUCGCCAUAUGCCUGGGCCCCGCUAUACUUUUCACGUGAUAGAAAUGGAAAGACGGGUGUGUACCCAGUUUUUAUUCAUGGACAAAACACGCCUGAAUUAUCACCGCUUUACAGACAAUAGUGCCGUUGGGUAUUCCCAUAAGCUGUUUAUCAUCCGCACCGAAAAUGUCGUAACGUCUGAUAUCGUGUCAAUCUGAGCGCCUGUUGCGUUGCUAACCACUGGAAGUAUCUUUUCCAGGUUGUGAAAUGGUGUCGCCGGACCCGAAAUUCAUCGCUUUUAGUUAACGUGUAGGAUGUAGACAGUCGAGGGCCAUGAUCCUUUACGAUUGCAACCGUUGUAUUUUAAUCGCAGAAAUCCGGUUCCCGCCGCAUGACGAGCGGCGAGUAGGCUGUUUGACCAAUGUCACCUUGAGAUCAUCCUCCGUCUCGAUUGAGACGGUCUGAACUCGUCGCAACUGCGUCUCGAGAACAUCUCGGGUAGUCUGAUAGAGGCGGAUGAGGCGGGUUGAACGAGUUUCGCGUCGUCUGCCCCACGAGUUAGGCGUUUCUGUCCUCGAUCCGACCCCGCUGACCACCCGUAGGCGUCAAAGAGGUUCGUCUAAGACCUGCUGUAAGCGAUCAGUCAAGACAGGUCCUCGGACCUCCGCAAUUUGGUUUCCGUUGCUGGAGAAGUGUCCUGUCCCCCAGAUUCGCCACCACAGACCACCAUGCGUGUGCACACGAUUUUUGGGAUUUUUAGAAGCAUUAGUGCGACUCAGCACGACACUUAAAAGUUUGGGGGUUAAGUUAGUGUGCAAAUGUAAUGCAAUCGAUACGACCUGCAUCAAGCUGUUUCGAAAGUGGUAAAAAUGAGCUACUUGUCGUCGCCGGCUAAUUUCUUGCUCAGCCGAACGCGGGGUUACUACGUCUGGUAGCGAUAGCUGAACACGUAUUAAAUGGUGAUGGGUCAGGCAGUGCUUUUAUGAAAUUGGUGUCUUAGGCUCGAGCUCCGGACGACUUCCUACCUGACCCGCUGCUAUCUCUUUUUUCGGCCUAGAAGUCUAAUUCUUGGCCUGAAAGCUACGGAAAGCACCUUAAAACAGCGGGUCGGCUGGCCGUCGACCUGCCCUGGGCCGCGCUGUCACUGCUUAAUGUCGUGAACCCUUCCGCGUGGGAGAUGCCUACAGGUCAUUACAGUGAGACCCUAAAACGGCUGCAGUUCAUUCCUGAUCGAUAGCUGCUGAGUCUGGAAUAUUAGCCAGUUUUUGUGAUCGUCUGCAUCUUCUUCACUAGUGGCUUGUCUUGCUGAGCCCGGUCUCGCGCUAUAUUACCAGCGUGCAGCAUUUCACCCACAGAAGUGUUGUUUAGUUUGUUGAGCAUAGCGUGAUUAGAUCUUGUUUCUGCCCCUUCCCUUUAGCAAGUCAACAAAAUGGCCGUGCGUCUAGUCAACGUUGAGGAUCACUCCUACCAACCGAAUCCCGCAUUCGCCGUCGGCGUCCUCCUUCUUAGUUGCCCUCCACCCUCGGAAUUGUAUGAACGUUGUGUGGCAUCAGCGCCCGAGUCGAAAAUUCGUCCGCUCACAAAAUGCAUUAGCAUGUUAACCGCGUCUCGGGACGGCCUGCGCGCCAUCGGUGGCGAUUGGAUUCCAGAACUGGAUGGCACCGAUCCGGUGUCAAACCCUCAGACGCUUGUCAAUACUGCCAUAAGGACAUGCAAAGAUGAAGUGGGCCUGGAUCUGUCUGGAUGUACUCGAUGGUAAAUUGGCGUUUUUUUUUAUUCAGAAUGGAUGUGGGAAGCGCUCACCCCUUCUAUACCAGACAGACUUCGUAAGCAUAGUCCCAGAUCAACUCUAUCCCAUCUAGAGUCGCAUCUUGUCUCGCCCGUCUGGGCUACUAGAUUCAACUGCUUUCCUCAAUGCUUUUGGUUUCUUCUGUAAGUUGCUAUUUCGUCCACUAUCAUAUCCGGCCACUUUGACAUGUCUUGCCUUCGGGAAACGGUGAGCGUGAGGUAGGUGGAGCGCGUGUUCGCCCCAUUAUAAACAUAUUCACGCGCAAGUCACCCGUGUCCUUUCUGGGACAAUGGUGGACCUCGUCGCUAACGACUACCGAGUUGUUGUCAACCAUAAUCCAGUGAUAGCGGCUCUCCGGACCAGUCUUCAUUUCUGUACCCAUCUAUUCAAACCCGACUGAAGAGGACUUGCAUGACCGCAAGUUCGUAAACAGCUUUGGCUUUCCCAUUUGUGUAGGAAGCCACUGUCAGAGCACAUGACAGGAUCGCUCGGCUUAAGACCAAAUAAAUUUUUAAUGCCUACUUAGGUCCACCGUCUUGCAUCUCAUUGCGUCUCCAUUUUAAAAUAUAGACGCUGAUUCUGCUCCUGCCGUCUAUCCCUUGUCCCUUUCCAGGUAUCGUUUCCUCGAAUUUCGAUAUAGCCGCUCUGAAGGUCAAUCUUGGCCAUCCGUCAAUGAACUUUUCGGAAAGGGAGGACAGUGGGGCGCUUUCGAGGACAGUCGUCAGGAUUCCCAACGGCAUAGAUCUCGUGAUUCAACAGUAGCCGACGAAAAGUCUGCCCGUUCUUCUAAAGUACAGCCUCCAGAAGACCGUCUUAAAUCCGAUACGGAGCCUAUUGCCGCGUCUUCUUCUCCAGCCGCGAAGAAAACUGAAAAUAGUGUUUCUUCCCCCUCCCCACACACUCCUGAGGACUCUGACUUCGCAUCAUCUCACCGCGUCGUUGUAUACUUUGUACCUGACAUCUGGUCGAUCAUGCCGGACACGGAGCAGUGGGAAAAAAUCAAAUCCAAGUACCAGGACCCAAAGUCGUACGUCGCAUGUGACCAAAAAUCCGACACUGUCAAGUCUGAUCUCGCAACCCCAACGAGCACAUCAGUGGAGGCGAAUGGCAUUGCUACAAACUCUCCAACUUCUGAUUCCUCAGGAAUGUCCGACGGCCAAACAUGUUCACAACUUAAACAGGAAGCAACAGAAACAGAGGAAAUCCGCGCAAACGCACCAGGAGUUGUCGGGGAUACGGAUUCUGGAUCAUCUGGGGCUCAAGCAGAACCGCCCGCGGUACAAGAGGUGCAGCCCUGUGUUUAGUUGUUCUUUGUACAAGGGUUCUUGACUAAGUGUCCCCGGAAGCUCCUCCGAAGUUCCUCUUCUUUCACACCGACCUCUUCGAUAGGGUUGGAGGCACUCCUCCAUACCUAAACUAGGGAGUUCAGUGCCCUCUCAAAGGCUUGUUAUAAGUCGCGUAGGCCUAUGACCUUUCGUUUGUUUUAGGGGAGUGGAGUUUUCUUAGACUUUACUCCCAAUUAAUUCUGUCUGACACUUCUGUCUGUUUCAGGGCUCAGCGGCCAACGGUAACCCUCGGUUGAUGCACCACAGCAAAAUUGACAUUAACGUACUCAAGGUUAGUCAUAUUCGUACGCAAUGCCUGUCAGUUAAUAUCCACGUAUAUUGACUUUCCAGUUCGUCUAUUUUCCCUGAAAAUUUGUUGCUAAGAGCCCGAGUAAGAACUAUUCCGACAAUACUUUGUGUUGUCCGCUUUUGACGGUUAAGGCAAUACGUAAGGCGCAACUGACUAAUUGGGAUCUUGCCGGACGGUUUCGUCAUUCCUCAAGGACGCGGUCAUAGAUGGCUUGUGAAUGGAUCGAAAGCAGGAUCAGUUAAGUACUUCCCGACAAUUGAUGUCUUUGAGUGCGUGGACCAUGUCUCGCAUCCAUAUGGAAUGAUCCUUUCGGGGACCUCAUGCUCGCUGUUUGGUUUUCUGUCAUUCUCACGCCAUUUCCAGGGGCUCUGAUAAAGUCGGACAUAGAUUGCUCGCUCCUAGUUCACCCAUGGGCGACUUCACCUCCAUCUUGUCCUUUUGACGAAGGCCCGAUCGAAAGCAACGGAAUUGUCCGAUGCUGAAUCCGACUAGUUGGAUACUAAUCGCACUUUCGGUGUUUGCGGACACGGCGUGGCGCGGAGCACUGACCAAAAUGGUUUAGAGUAACGCCGGUUCGUUUUGUUUAUGCAUGAAAGUCGUUGCGUUGAACGACUACGCCAGUAAAGCUUAUGUCGCUUGUCAUCGCGCGAUUUGUCACAUUUCUUGGAUGUCUGCUUAACAUCAGUGCUGUAAGGGUUCUCCCGAAUCAGAUAAUGUGAUGGGUACUGACAAGUGGCACUCGCAGGUUGCUGUCGAAGGUAAUCCUCCAAGGCUCUUUGCUCAGUUUUGCUGUCCUGUAAAGGGUUUCGGUAGACGAAAACCGCAAUCGCGGUUAUUGUCGGACUCCAGGGCGUCUGAACGAAAGCCGGAAGGACCGAGCCUGUGAAUCUGAGUGCCAUCGGACGCGACACUGCCCUGAUCGUCUGGUCGCCUCAGUGGAUUCAUUGUGGAACUGGCUCCUCUUUGCAAUCAUAGAUCUAGUAUCUUUGCAGUUUAACAGCGUUCAAGGUCUCAAACGCUUUUCCUCCAGGAUUCGUAGCCGCCCCUUGCAUGCCGUGUUCCCGGCAUCAGUCACUGAAGCUCAAAUUGCAUUGAAAGUCCGUUGUGUAGAGUGUUUACCGUUCGGUUUCUUCCUCGUUCGUCAUUCAGUGAGUGUUCUGACUCGAGGACGAGGCCCAACCAAGCCGGAUUUCGUGCUGGACGUGGAUGCGCAGACCAGAUAUUUGCACUGAGGCGCAUUCUCGAAUUUCGCCAUAGCUACCAACAACCGUCGGUCGUCUGCUUCAUUGACUUUGCCGCCGCGUUCGAUUCCGUUCACCGUGAGUCCCUGUGGCGGAUAAUGGCGCUAGAUGGUGUACGGCAAUAAUCAUCGCCAUGAUCAAGGCCUAUUAUCGCUUCACUACUGCGAGAGUACUGAUCCGCAACAAUCUUUCCCAACCGUUCGAUAUUCGGUCUGAAGUCCGACAGGGUUGUAUCCUGUCACCCAUUCUCUUCAACUAUGCUAUUGACUGGAUCCUCGGGAGGGCCCUACGCGAGAGUGACGGCGUUGAGUUUGCACCCGGACAUCGACUGACUGAUCUCGACUAUGCCGACUGAGUCUUACUUGCUUUAAAUUUUGGUGAUCUGCAGUCUGUGGUGUCACGGGUGAACGAGGUCGCGAGAUCGGUCGGUUUAUCCAUAAACGCUGGGAAGACCAAAGUGUUUUCAAGCCGCAUCCCUGACCAAAAAAGGGCACUCCUCGGGGUUGAUGGCUGUCAACAUGAAGAAGUAGACAGUUUUAAAUACCCAGGGGCAAGGCUGCUGCCUAAUGGACAGAGUAAAAACGACAUUGUCCCCCGAAUCGAUGCUGCCCGCUGGAUUUUCCCAAGCCUUCGGAGACGUCUAUGGAACCGACGUGACCUCUCCAUCGCCACUAAGAUUCGCGUGUACCAUGCGUCUGUCCGGUCUGUCCGUCUCUACAGUUGUGAAUACUGGAUUUUGCGCGUGGAGGACGAGCGAAAACCGGAGGUAUUUGACCACCACUGCUUGAGGACCAUCCUUCGAGUGAAGUUCACCGACUUCGUCUCAAAUGAGACAGUCCGCGCGCGCUGCGACAACAUCGCAAGGAUAAUUAUACCAUCCAAAAAGACGACUGAGGUGGUUCGGGCAUGUUCUUCGUCGCCCACCUCAAGAACUCAGUGUUACUGCCCUCGAUCCGGCACCGUUGCCCUAUUGAAGGCGUCGAAGAGGAGGUCAGUUGAAAACCUGGCUCGACACAGUUCGUGAAGACAUGGAGGUGGUUCUUGGACCUUCGGUAUUCGGUCUACGUCGUUGGCGAAGGGAAUGGGUUGAGCUGUCGAGAUCUGCUGCCGCGGAUCGUCACGCGUGGAGAGGUACAGUUCGGGACAUCAUCGAGGCCGGCUAGAUCAGGGAUGAUCGCAGCCGUAUCAAGUACAAGUCAAGUAAGUGUUCUGGCGUCGAGAAUGUUGGACGUUUGCCCCGGAGAGGAAUGCGCAUCAAAUCUUGAAACAGUCGCCCCCGUUUUGGGCCUCGGAGGACUGCCGUGUCCCGUCUAUGUACAUGUUCUUUGGAGUUGGAAAACAGUGUGGCCACUGGCGUCAAAGUUUCGGAUGAUUAUCCGUAAAAAACUUGAAUUUUUCGGAAUGCUUUGGACUAGUCACUCGUCGAGGGAACACAUGGCCUGAUGGGGUUUUCACACAUGCGUCCUUGGUCUACUCUUUUAUAUGCUCACAGUAAGUUGCUAUCCUACUACAGGUCCUGUUGCAACACUGUUCCGCCUAUUUUGUUCCUUUGUGGAGUCUGUCGACAGUUUCUCACUUGCUCGAAAAACCAGUCACCUGUUCUCCUAGACUUCAUUUUUCGAUAAGUGUUUGUUUACGCAUCCCUCAGGUUUCUGAACUCCGUGAGCAACUUUCCUUGCGAAAGCUAGACACAAGUGGUCUAAAGGCUCAACUCUUUGCACGCCUGAAGGCUGCCUUGGAGUCUGAAGCGGAACACGAGGCUGCGAGACAAAAACGUAAGUUUUCCAAAUUUCUGCUUACUACUAGAAACCACUUUAGUUGUAAUUUAACUAAAAUUUCCUUGUUUUCAGGAGUAACCCCCAACCACGCAUCCAACUAGCCUGUCUUAUAGUUCGUACGGAAAAGUUUGCCUAGUCCAUCUCACCGAAUAACUACCCCCACCACCGCAACUCUUACCAGAGCGGUCAUGCCAGUCAGUCAGUCAGUCAGUCAUGUUUAUGGAUUGCUAUCUGCAUGCAGAAAUUCCUACAAUGGACAGCCGAAGUGUACCUGCCUGUAGUUGUGGCGCAUGCCACUCUUGUUGCAUGGGUUAUGGAAGUGAAGAUUAGUACUGUAGGGUAAAGACCACGUACAUAUUUCCAGCGUUUUACCGGGCGAUUCCCUCUUAGUAGUCAGAUACCAAUUUGUUUGCCCGAAUAUUGAUAAAGCCGUACUUUAAGUUACCUGUGUUUUUUACUAAGUCAUUGACUGGCAUGGAUAUGGCACAAUCUGACUUAAAACGUUAAGUGAGAUUACCCCUGGGGAAUUCUUAGAUCACCUGAAGGACCACACGCGUGUCUUUGGGUAUCACUCAGCAGACCAUAACUGCGAUUCCUGUGCGCUCCUACGCACCCUUUAUCUGACACCUAUACCAGUUUCCUGUGCUUCGCAGCGAUUUACUGGUCUGGAAAUACCGUGUGGGUUUUCUGCAGAGUUCUGUAUUUCAAUUGAUAAGUCAAGGCGUUAGUACCAGCCACGCCGAAGUAAUCCGUAAUUGGUGAUCCGGCAGUCAUAAAUUUUUCCAACUUCCUUCGCGUAUCACCUUACCAGUCUACUCGUCAUAUUUAUGUUGCGUGACAAAUUAGGGGGAUCGUCGAUGCAAAUAUCUGCCCCGUCUCAGCGGAUCAACCCUGACACGUAUGCUGUCCCAACCGAUAAACAACUUCUGUGUUUGCCUAUGACAUCGGCAGUUUCGGAUCCUUUGGAUUAGAUAAGGGCGUGUGUUUGCGUUCUCCGGAUAGGAGUCUGUAUCAUCCACUUAUUGGCUCGCCGGUAUGACUGAGGGCUGUAUUUGUCUUCUAUCGCAGUUCGCAGACCUUUUGUGGACAACCCCACCAACUCCACCGCUUGCAUGCACGCAACUAGAGCAAGCUUAUGAUGCCCUUGGUCAAUUCCAAGUGAUAGUCUUUCUCACUUGUAAUUCAGGCAACGACUUCCGACUCCGCUAAACCUCGCAAUCCCCGUGUAUCAGUGAAUGACCGAAAAGUUGCUUCCCUAGCAUUCCCCGUACUACCAUUGUCAUCGUCCGUCUUGGUGUACGACUUCUCUAUCCGUCUGUUGUACUCCGCCAAACCUUACGUUCAAGACGGCUUCGGCCUGCGACAGUGAAGACGAAUAAACCAAGCUCUUAUGGUCAUUGGUUGCUAGUCAGCGUCUUUUUCUGGUGGUAUUCCAGCACAGUCAUUUUUACUGAACCUCUAAAAUUGUCUACUUGUAAACCUUUGGAUCAGACCUCCAUGUUCUGUGGCUUACCACACGCUUUUUGUCCAGUUGAGGAAGAGGAAAAGGCGGCAAGAAAGGCCGCAGCGAAUGCAGCACUCGCCGAAUCGGCAGCCGAAAAAGGCAAGACCGGCUCAGCAACCGAAACCCCUAAGGGUACUGCAGCUCCAACGGCGACAACAGCCACAGAGUCCUCUAGUGUACCCGAUCGCCCGGAACCAAAACUACCCGUUUUGCCCGAACAGCCUUCUCUGGUUGUUCAGCUGAAACAGGACGCCCCUUUUUCUCUAGUUGUGUGCAGUCUUGAGGUAAUCAUUUGACGUUCGACUUCUUACACUUCGUCCCCUCUCAUAUCUCCUGAAUACCACCAUUCCCUUCCUCUUUUAGACAAUCAUCACUCUCUCCAAGGGACACUACAAGCCGUGCAAUCAAGUUUACGAACUUUUUGUUUGUGCCAAUCACAUACUGCACAUGCUUCAUCGCGAUGCCACUUUCACCUUCUACAAGGCUCUCGUUGUCCUCUCAGAUCGUAAACAGUUAAAGUCCACUCAGGAUGCUUCGCGACAAACAAAGUGAGCGUCUCCACAUGUUCGCUUUGUUAACUCCCUCUAUCAUCCUGCCCUUCGUCCUCUGAAAAUUAUUUGUCUUGUUUUAGGUCGGUCUCCGAGCAACCUUCAAAGAAGCCACGGACCUCUGUAGAACAACCCACGGAAGCCACACAGUCCACAUUUACACUACCGAGCUACAUAAAGGGAAUCGGUGGUCCCGCGACAGCUCCCAUGCCACAGUCGAAGAUUGUCGAUCUACCUCUGCUGUUUGCUUGCAAACUUUUGGACUACUCGGACAAGGGCUCCUUCAGCAUGUAUAAUGUUGAGAGCAUCGUCAACUCGCUCUGUCUCCCUAUUUCACGAUACCAGGUUGGUUUUUAUGCGUCUAAAGCCCACUUUGUACUCACAGCAGCUUUUUGUUUUCCACCAUAUUCGCCAAUCUGUCCUGGUCGUUGGGCCGAUUACGACUAAUCGCGUUUUGUCCUAGACCUCCAAAUUGGGCCUAUCGUCCACGGUGUCAUGACGAGGAAUAGUCAAUCAUCAAAAAUUAUUAAAGGCGAGGCGGACUGUAAUUGUCAUUUAUAGCUUACAUAGCUGGGGUCAACCGCGACCAGUUGGUGCACGUGAGUAGGCAUGAAAUGGUCAUUCACUUUUCCUUGUCCUAACUGGCAACGCAUCGCUCAUCUCAGCUCAACUAUCUUAGGGCUUCCACCGCAGUGGGAGGAGCGGAGAGACUGACUGGAAGUUAUACCGACAGCAUAAUCGGUCAAUGCCCCGAAUUCUGUAGCCCUGGUGGCUAUUGACAUUUUCGUAUUUAUGAAAUAUGGUGGCUGUUUCCAACUACUUUGGCGUAAAGUAAGUCAUCGGUCGAAUCUAUAAUCAGUGUCAGCGAGCUAGGUAUAAUCAGAGUCAGAGAGCUGUCUAAAGACCGUCUUUUAAAUCAGAAUCAUCCUGGAUUGGGAUCCUGGUGCCGUCUAGACGAAUUACACUUUCAUGGGGCCUUCUACGCCCCCCGUUUGCAUAAAACGUCACACGUCUCCGGUCUGUUUUCUUUACAUACACAAGGUCGAUAUACCCCUACUCUAUGUUCUAGCACACCUAGAUUGUCUGAAUUUCCAGGAAUUUUAGCUAUAUUAAUUGCGCUAUGUUAAAAUUUCGUACCUCGGGGCGCGCUUUCGCGGUAGAAAGUUGCAGUGUUGUCGGGAAAUAGCAACUUUGUAUGUUUUUCACCGUAGAUCCAGGUGUCAGAAAGAACCCACAUUGAACCUUAUAUGAUGCCGGUAUCAUUCCCAGUGAACUAUAACAUGCUCACUUCCCUUGUAGGUCCGGGCUUUGAGCAGUAACGUCGCCUCGAGCAGUAAAUGCCUGUUCUACCGAUCCCUUACCGACUCACCAGCGACUAAGGAGGACUCUGGCGCAGGGAAGUUAAACCGAGCGCCUUCAAAGCGUUCUUACGAACAGGUGACUGAGGAUCUCAAUGAACUCAUUGGGACCCCACUUUCGCUGAUCGAUGACGAGGAAUAUUUGGAGGAGCUUGUCCGUGGAGGGGAUGCAAUUCUUGACGAAGAGGAAGAGAGUCAUCUCCAGGCAGUUCCUCCUGUGUACUGCUGCUCUUGACAUCUUUCGUUUUUUUCUAUCGUUUUAACUGGGAAAAUCGUCGAUUUACCGUUACCACUCACCGAUCUUUGAGCAUAGGAGUCACAAAUCAUCUCGGCUGCAAUUGUCGCAUAAUCAGUCAUGGCCACGUCGCAUGUUUCCUGUUGGAUGCAACGUUGUUGCCGGGAGCAACGCCUCCUCCCCCGCAUGUUAUUUAUAGGCAAGACAUAAGUCACUGAGGCUAGACGGAUAUGAUAGCGAAUUCUUACCUUCUCUUGACCCCGAGCGACUUCCGAUUCCUCCGGCGGGGUCCUACCUCCGGGGUUAGAUAUUUUGUGUCGUAUUCUAACAGGUAUUAUCGAAAAGUAGUUAACCGUACGCUUAUAAGUACAGGAUGAUUAAGUACAUGGAAUUUUGCACAAAAGUAAAGUCGCAUGACAUACAGCCAUGUAUGACUCUGGAUAUGCCAUACAAACCCUACUUUGCCAUCUUGAAGAUUUGGCGGUGCAUUUGUUCAUUCGAAACUCUUGCAAUAGAAGUCCUGGGUGCAUGUCUUGUAGACUUCUAUUUCGAAACCGUGUGCGUUUAUUUACACAUCGCCUUCAAUUAUUUCAGCAUCUUCUGCGGGAUGCAGCUCAAGAAGGAUUCCGACGUCGACACUGAAGCUGCUAGCAAGACCGAAUUUUCUACUGCCGACAACUUCCUCAGGCAGCUAAGAAAGUUGGAAAACGAUUGCCUCCGUUUGGAAGAGAAUCUGAAAACUCGGGAGCUCUUUAUUGGUCAGUCUACUUUAAUUAGACUUUAUCCUUGCUGCUAGAUUCUUUGAAGAUUUCAUAUGAAUGUUAGGCUGAAAGACACACGAGUGUAGUUUUGAAGGGCAUAUUUGCCUUUCAGCAGAACAUGCUGUGAGUUUAAGUUGUCGCUGCUUUAUUCCUUAGAAUCACUGAAGACUGAAAAUGAAGAGAUACCCAAGUUGCGAGAGAAGUUGAAGAAAAUGACAUCGACCGCCGAUCACUACAAAAAUCGAUGUCAUGAGCGAAGAGCCAUCCUCUCCUCUACACUUCAACAACUCGAGUCUCAGGCCUGUAUCCUAGAGACUACAGUGCACUCACUACGUAGUGGAGCACGCAAGCUGAAGCGAGAUCUCUAUAGCAAUGAGUCCUCUUCAACCUCAAGGGGUGACUCGAGGCGUUCAGAAUCUCGGACCAGCAGCGUCGCCCCAGUCUCUAACCCGCCUACGCCUACAUUGCCGACUGUACAGGAGAAGCUGCCUGAGACACGUCAGACCACCCUGCCUGCAUCUGAUGUAAGUACAAUAGUGAAUAAAUGACUGGGCCACGGGGGGAUUAUCUGUCCAGGGAGUGGUAAACUCAAAACGGACCUGUUUUUAGUCUUGAUAACCCAACAUUAAACAGGCUUUAUCGUCCUGUUAUUAGUUUGCCAAGAAAGACAUUAAUGGAUAAUAACAAAACAGUUUUUGCGCUACUCGGAUCUGAUUGUCCACAUUUCUUAGUGCACUUUCAUACAUUGUAAGCAAUGUCUUGCUACGUUUGUCACUUUUAAAGUAAUUAAUCUGUUUACAGAGGUCUUAUGUUUCGAAUGCAUGAUUGAGACGGCGUGCAUUAAGUGCCGGAUUGCUUAAGCGUCACUGCUCGUUUGGACCGCCGCACUUUCAUAGUUUUCCGAAUGUUUCUUUUGCAAAAGCCGCAGUUCUAGUAGGCCAGUAAAGUGAUUUUAGGUAAAUGGCUUGUCCUGUUUCUAAAGUGCCUACUUUGUGCGCAGACCGCGAAACAGGGACCUUCUGGUGACCCAGUGCCGACCCCAGACCAAACGGUGGACAACCCUCCCGCCUGUCAAGAGGGAAGUGGUGAUGUGGAGGAUCGCUCGCGGACGACCGUCGACAUCAACUCCGAAGACAGCCUCGACACUGCCCCAUAA